AUGGAGCAGAGCCAGUCAGAAAAAAUUAAUCUCGAGGAGUGCCCGGGGCCGGCCGACGACGGGGCCUCGGCCUUCCCGAGCCGAGUGCGAGUGAGCGUGCUAGACAAGAACGAUGUGGCGCCGAGCUGGGGUCCGGGGCCCUGGAAAUUCGAGAUAUCGGAGGAGGCGCCGCCCAAUACAAUGAUCACCCUUCUCAAGGCCCAGGACCCGGACACCAUAAGCAGUCUCAAGUACAGUAUCGUGCUUCCGCCGGCAGUGCCAUCGCUGUCGUCUACGUCGAGAAUAAUCGAGACUGGCUCAUCCAGCGACGGAGACAUCGCCAUCGAGGGCACGAGAUCGUCGAGCCCCUUUAAACUUGACUCCAGCACGGGUCAGUUGAGGCUCGCCGAGGCCCUCGACCGCGAGACCAAGGAGAGCUACGUGAUCAGGGUGAGGGCCGACGACGGUAUACAGCAUACGGACGUCACCCUCGACAUCGUGGUGAUGGACACGAAUGACAAUCCGCCGACAUUCCAGUCUUCGGCCUACUCCUUCGACAUCCCAGAGAAUGUGGUGCGCGGCAGCCGCGUUGGCCAGGUAGUCGCCGUGGAUGCCGACGCCGAGGGGCCCAACAGUCAGAUCAGCUACGCCCUCAUAUCCGACUGGGCGAACGACGUGUUCUCUCUCAACCCCGGGACCGGGGUAUUCACCCUCAGCGCCAGCCUCGACUACGAACAGGUCCAGCACUACAUCCUGGUGGUUCAGGCGACGGACGGCGGAAUACCGAGUCUUUCCUCCACCGUCACCGUCUACUGCAAUGUCGUCGACCUCAACGAUAAUGCGCCGAGCUUCGAGCCCGGGCCCCGUUCCUCGGACGUCCCUGAGAACGCGACCGUCGGCACGGCGGUCCUGUCGGCGCGGGCGCGCGACCUGGACUCGAGCGACAACGGCCACGUCAUCUACAGUAUACUGAGCGGCGACGAGACCGAGGACUUUGGCAUUGCGAAUAACGGGACCCUUUACACGAGGCGAGCCCUCGACCGGGAGACCAAGGCAACCUACAGCCUCGUACUCGAAGCGUCGGACAGUCCGAGGUCACCGGGGAAGCCCCUCGCCACGAGCAUCCAGGUGAUGCUGAGUCUGACGGACGCGAACGACCAGGCGCCGGAGUUCGUCUCGGCCUCGGAGGCGAGCGUCGCCGAGGGCGCGGCCGUGAACUCCGUGGUGAUGGCGGUGAAGGCCGUGGACCGUGACGAGGGCCGUAACGGCUACGUCGAGUACGGGCUCGAGCCCGGUGACGAGCAGCUUCCGUUCGCCCUUGGCUCCGUGGACGGGGUGCUCCGGGUAUCCGGGCCCCUGGACCGCGAGCGCCGAUCCAACUAUACGCUGAGGGUGAGGGCGCGCGACCGGGGCGAGCCCCCGAGGUCGAGCCUGCAGAGCAUCAGAAUCCACGUCCUCGACGACAAUGACAACUCGCCCCUCUUCGACCCACGCCACUACUCGGCGAGCAUCGCCGAGAACGCGAGCAUCGGCGCCAACGUGCUUCAGGUGUCGGCGAGCGACCAAGACGAAGGCGCGAAUGGCCGGGUGCGCUACAGCAUCGCCUCCGGCGACGACAAUCGCGACUUCACGAUCUCCGAGGACGGCGGCGUGAUCAGGGUCGCCAAGAACCUGAACUACGAGCGGAAGCCGCGCUACCGACUGCGUGUCCAGGCCGAGGACUGCGCCCAGGAGCUUGGCGGGCAGUCGCGGUUGGACGUCGCUGAGGUCGUGAUCGGACUCCUCGACAUCAAUGACAACGUGCCCGUCUUCCUCGACUCGCCCUACCUCGCCCACGUCAUGGAGAACAUGCUGCCGCCCUCGGCUGGCUUCGUCAUGCAGGUAAUGGCCUACGACGCGGACACGCCGCCCUACAACGAUCAGGUGCGCUACUUCCUCAAGGAGGGUGACACCGACCUCUUUCGCAUCAACGCCAGCACCGGUGACAUUUCCCUGCUACGUCCGCUCGACCGAGAGCGCGUCUCCGAGUACAUUCUCACCAUCGUCGCCAUGGAUACAGGCUCGCCACCACUGACCGGCUCCGGCAUCGUCAGGAUCGUCGUGCUCGACAUGAACGAUCAUAGCCCGGAGUUCUCCCGUCAACAGUACAAAGCCUCGGUGACGGAAAAUCUGCCGGCCGGUGCCUGGGUCGCUAAUCCCCUGGCCACCGACAAGGACGAAGGAUUCAACGCCAAAAUCCGAUACAGCCUCCUCGGCGACAAAGCGGAAAAGUUCCACGUGAACUCCAACACCGGCCAAAUCGUCACCCUGGAGCGGCUCGACCGCGAGCAGACGGCCGUCUACCACUUGACCCUGGUCGCCCAAGACUCGAGCCCGACGGAGCCGCGUGCCUCCGCUGUCAAUCUAACGAUAUCGAUCAGCGACUUGAACGACAACGCCCCGAGAUUCUCCAGUCCCAGAUACACAGCCUACGUUCCCGACUCGACAGCCAAAGGUGACUUCGUGUUCGGCGCAAAGGCCGUGGACGACGACGAGAACGAGAAUUCGCGAAUCACCUAUCGUCUCCACGGCAAGGACUCGUUGCGCUUCAUCGUCGACCCAACGACCGGGGUCGUACGCGCCAACGGGAAGCUCCUCGCCGGCGGCCAGAGCACCUAUCAACUCCAGAUCGAAGCAUCGGACUGCGGCGCCGAGCCCCGCACCACCUCCGCCGAUCUCGUGGUCCACCUCUGGGAACGCCAGCUGUUUCCCACCUUCAUGCCCACGACAGCAACGAGAUUUACGCUGAAGGAGGACGCGCCUGAGGGCAAAGUCGUGACGACGCUGAGCGCGACCACUCCGAAGGACGGACCAGCCAGCGAUUUGGUCUUCGGCAUGGCCGGCGGAAACGUCGGGGAGGCAUUGAGGGUCGAGCCACAUACCGGGGAGGUUAUUAUCGCAUCUGGAUUUGAUUACGAGACGGCGCCGAACUUUGAAGCCUGGAUCGAAGUGAUGGAUUCGGGAAAUCCUUCGCUGAGGAGCGUCAUGCAGAUUCUCGUUAAUGUAACGGACGCCAACGACAAUGUCCCCGUAAUCGACUCGUCCAUUUAUAAUGCAUCCGUGCCCGAGGAGGAGUAUCCACCCCUACUCGUCACAAGAGUUUCAGCCAAAGAUGCGGAUUCGGAGAUGAACGGGGAAGUGACGUAUCACCUAAGGGAUGAUUUUGACGAGGUCUUCGUUAUCGACGAAUCGUCCGGCCAAGUCAAUACGAACGCGAAAUUGGAUAGGGAAGAGGUGUCUGCCUACGAACUGAUCGUGGAAGCGCGAGAUCGUGGUUUUCCCCGUUUGACCGGCAGUGCGACUAUCCUCGUUACCAUCCUCGAUAAGAAUGACAAUCCGCCAAGAUUUACCCGACUGUUUAGCGUUAAUGUCACCGAGAACUCCGAGAUCGGCACCUUCGUCAUACGAAUCACGAGCAGCGACCUGGAUAUCGAGCAAAAUGCCAACGUCACUUACAGCUUCACCGACAAUCCCAGCAAUAAGUUCGCCAUCGACGCACUGAGCGGCAACGUCACCGUGGCCGGGCACCUCGACCGCGAGCUUCAAGACGAGUAUUUAUUAAAGGUUUCGGCAGCCGAUGGAGCUUGGGGCGUCGAAACUCCACUUACAAUCACGAUCCAAGACCAAAAUGACAAUCCACCCGAGUUCGAGGAAGAAUCCUAUCACUUUUACUUCCCGGAGCUUCAGCAUAGAAUGGCCCAGGUCGGGCAAGUCGUAGCCGUCGAUCGCGACAAGCAGGGCCCGAAUUCCGUAAUUUCUUACAGUCUCCUUCAGCCAUCGGACUUAUUUACGGUCGAUCCAGCGACCGGCGAUCUAUUCAGCAAACGUCCCUUACGAUACAAGCACACCAAACGGCCAAUGUCGCCCGAGAAUAUUUAUUCCCUCUACGUACUGGCCACGGAUAACGGCAAGCCACCUCUAUCCACGAAAACCCUCGUUUACGUGAGCAUCGUCGACGCGAACAAUCAUGCGCCGAAAUUCGAGCAAAGAUCGUAUCUGUCCCCGGUGCCGGAGGGACACCCGAUUAAUAAGAAAAUCGCCCAGGUCGUUGCUUACGACAGCGAAGACUUUGGCGUCAAUGCUGAAAUCGAGUAUACCGUGGUGUCUGGUAACGGCAGCGAGUACUUCUACGUCGAGCCGAAAAUGGGCUGGAUUUACGUGAGGAAGAGCCUCGGCAGCUUCAAGAUUGGCACGGUCUGCUCGAUCAAAGUGAAAGCUGCCGAUAAGGGCGUCCCUCCUCAGAGUGACGAGGCCUGGGUCACGCUGGUAAUUACCGGUGAGAAUCGUCACGCGCCCGCAUUCGCCGCGGUGAGCUACCAAGUUCGGGUUCCGGAAAACGAGCCCGUCAACACCACCAUCCUCACGGUCAAUGCCGUCGACUCGGACGAUGGCCCGAACGGAAUGGUCAACUACGAGAUUUCCGCGGGCAACGAGCGCCAAGAGUUCUCGAUUAAUCCUCUCACUGGGGCGAUCACAAUCCUCGAGCCUCUCGACUACGAUACCAUUCAAGAGUACAGAUUGAACAUCACUGCCCAAGACUUGGGAUUCGAGUCGAGGCGCGCUAUUGCUACAUUAACCGUUAACGUCUCCGACAUCAAUGACAAUCCACCAGUGUUCAAUCAAAGCCUCUACGAAGCUUAUUUAUCGGAGAAUUUGCCGCCCCGGCACUUUGUGUUCGCAGUGCGCGCUACGGACAUCGAUUCCCCGAAAUACGCCAUCAUUCAAUAUCGCAUUACCGGUGGAAGUGGAAAAGAUUAUUUCCAAAUUGAGCGGGAUACUGGAAUUAUUACAUCGAGGUUGAGCUUCGAUUACGAAGAGGCCAACGAGUAUACAUUGGACAUCGUUGCCGCCAAUCCGGACGCCAAUCCACAAAUGAUCGGUUUCACCACGGUGUUGGUACGCAUUACGGGUAUCAAUGAAUUCUAUCCGAAAUUCAUUCAGCCGGUCUUUCACAUGGAUGUCUCGGAGAGUGCCGAGGUGGGAGCAUCCGUGGGUGUUGUUCAAGCUAUGGAUCAGGACGCGGGUACCGAUGGAAAGGUGUUCUAUCUAUUCGUCGGUUCCUCGAACGAUCGAGGAUUUUCUAUUGGGCCCGAGACUGGAAUACUCAGUGUAUCGAGAAGAUUGGAUCGUGAAACGCAAAAUCGGGCCAUUCUAACAGUCAUGACGAAGAAUGCCGGUGGUAUUCGGGGCAAUGACACCGACGAGGCCCAAGUCAUCAUUUCGAUUCAAGACGGCAACGAUCCUCCGGAAUUCCUGCAAAACCUGUACGAAGCCACGGUUUCCGAGGGCGGAAACCUCGGAAGCCGAGUCCUCACCGUCCGAGCCAUCGACAAAGAUGUCCGGCCACAAAAUAAUCAGUUCUCCUACUCGAUCAUCGGGGGGAACGUCGGCCAAGCUUUUAAAAUCGAUCCCCAGUCCGGGGACGUCGAAACGGCCAAACUGCUGGAUCGGGAGACGGUGCCGAGUUACGAGCUUAUAAUCGGGGCAAUCGAUACCGGUAGUCCGCCGCAAACCGGCACCGCCUCCGUCAAGAUCGAUCUAUUGGACGUGAACGACAACGGGCCGAUUUUCGACUCGGCGGAGCUUAGCGGCUACGUAAGCGAGAACGAGCCCGCGGGUACGAGUAUCAUGACGUUAAGCGCCACGGACUUAGAUCUGCCGCCAAAUGGAGCUCCAUUCUCCUACCGGAUAAUCGGUGGAAAACAGAUGGAUCUAGUCAGUUUGGAGAAGCAUUUGGGUAUUUUAAAGACAACGCGGAGCUUAGAUAGGGAAAUAGCAUCGCACUUGGAUCUUUUGAUCGAGGUGGAGGACUCGGGCACACCCAGGUUGAGCAGCGAGCACGCGGUCACCAUCCACGUUCUCGACCAGAACGACAAUCCAUCCAGUCCGCGCUCGGUGCACGUGACCGUGCACUCCUUCAACGGACAGUCGCCCCUUGGCAAAAUAGCGGACGUCCAUCCGAACGAUCCCGACACCAGCGGCGACUACACCUGCAAGAUCCUCCAGGGCCUCGGGGGCUCCACCGGCGCGCUGAGCAUCCCUGUCGCGUGCAAUUUGCAUGCCGGCAAAAUCACGCCAGGUAUUGGCUAUUCGUUGAGCGUGUCCGGAAAUGACGGUAGGCAUCCGGACGUAGUAUCGAAGGUUACCGUGGAGUUCCUUAUGUUCUCAAACACAACGGUGGAGAAUAGCGUAACGAUACGGAUAUCGCGAAUAAAAGCCACCGACUUUUUAAGCAAUCAUUAUAGAGCGCUUUUGGAGCUACUUCAAGAGAAAUUGGACGUCGGCGAUACAUUAAGCAUAUACAGCAUCGACGAGAAAGACGGGGACAUCGAAGUUUACGUAGCUAUAUCAUCGUCGUCGUCCCAAGGUUAUCGCACGAAAAGCGAAGUGAAGGAGCUCCUGCUGAGGAAGCGCAGGCUAAUGGAGACGCUUCUGGAGGGAUCUUACAUCACGAUCGGUUAUACGCCAUGUAAGACGGAUGCCUGCGAGAACGGAGGCUUUUGCAGCGAUCAGAUUGCCGUGCACGAGACCGCCCGGAUAAUCGACAGUCCGACGCUCGUUCUCACGUCGCCGGAAAUUGUGCACGAAAUGACGUGCAAAUGCCGCGACGGAUUCACCGGGGAAAGAUGCGAAAAGAAGCAAGAUCCCUGCUCACCGAAUCCUUGCCACUCCGCUGGACAGUGCCGACGCAUUGGCUUCGACUUUCAUUGCACUUGCCCCGGUGAUCGGGAGGGCAAAUUGUGCGAACUGGAACGCGGUGACGCGUGUGCUAGCAACCCCUGCAGAAACGGGGGAUCCUGUAAGGAGAGCCCCGAUGGAUCGAGCUUCUUCUGCCUCUGUCGGGCCGGUUAUCGCGGCAAUCACUGCGAGGUGCUCACCAACUCCUGCAGGCCCAAUCCCUGCCUCCACGGUGGACUCUGCGUCGGGGAAAUACCUGGGUACCGCUGCAGUUGCCCGGACGGUCGCUACGGGCGCCACUGCGAGCGUUCGACGUUCGGCUUCGACGAGCUCUCCUAUAUGACGUUCCCCGCCCUCGAUUCCAACACCAACGACAUUACCAUUGUGUUCGCCACGACGAAACCGAAUGCCCUCCUGCUCUACAAUUACGGGCCUCAGAGCAGCGGCCGCUCGGACUUCGUUGUACUGGAGCUCAUCGAGGGACAGCUUGUGUUUUCGUGCGGGGGUGCGCGAAGCGCCAUCAUCUCCCUCACGAUCAAAUCCGAAAGGUCACUGGCCGAUGGUAACUGGCGCAAGGUGACGGCUACGAGGAACGGACGUGUCGUCUCGCUCAGUAUUUCCAAAUGCAAGGAGUACGGCGACAUGUGCGACGACUGUCGUCCCGGCGACGGUAGUUGCUACGUCGACGACGUCGGGCCCAUUGGAACGCUCAACUUCAACAAUAAUCCACUACUGCUCGGCGGCCUGAUAAAUGCCGAUCCCGUCCUUGAGAGGCCCGGACAGAUACACUCGGACGAUCUCGUCGGCUGCGUGCACUCGGUCUCCUUAAACGGCCGCGCCCUCAAUCUCACGAGUCCGCUGUCCUCCCGCGGCAUCAGGCCCACCUGCCCGAGAUCCGAGGCCGGGCCCUGCUCGCGCCUAGCCCAACGCGGCAACGCUUGCGGCCACAGCAUCUGCCACGACAAAUGGAGCGAGCCACUCUGCCAAUGUGACAAAAUCUCCGCACCCAACUGCCAGGGAGCUUUCGAGUCCGUCAGCCUUAGCGAGGGUGGCUACGUCGAGUAUAAGAUCUCCGAAAAGCACAGAAGGAUGCAACUGCUGGAGAAUCUUUACGGAGGCUCGACUCUCUGGCAUACCGGAUCCACGUUACGUCGUAACAAGGAGAGGAGGAGUCUCGCGCCCCUGACGAGCUCGAGUCCCGCCAAGAGCCUCCACCUGAUGUUCCGCACCGUGAAGCCGAACGGCCUGCUCAUUUACGCAGCCAGCAACGAGCACUUUACAUCGGUGGAAUUGCGCGAGGGCCGAAUCAGUUACUCCUCGCUCCUGACAUCACCUGUCCACACGGCCGGUAGUCACGAGGCGGCGAGUCUCGCCGACGGACGCUGGCACAAUCUCACACUGCACGCGCACGCCCGCGGACUGAGGCUCUACGUCGACGGCGCGGCCACCGGCGACGAGCUCGACUCCGCCGGCGUCCACGACUUCCUCGAUCCCUACCUCACGCUGCUCGCCAUCGGCGGUGUCAGGCGUGACCUUUACCUGGCCCGCGACGGCCUACCCAAGCACUUCGAGGGCUGCCUGGCCAACUUCACCGUUAACGACGAGUCCCAGCCGUUCAACGGCUCCGGCUCGAUAUUCCGCGAGGUCGUCCACCACGGCAAGGUGCACCUCGGCUGCCGAGGUCCCAUCGGCGUUGCCGCUGCCACCGCAGCCGAUCCCCUCAGCGUCGGCGUCACCCUCGUCAUCGUCUUCUUCAUAAUACUACUCGUCGCCAUCCUCGCCAGCUUCGUCAUAUUCCGGCUGCGACGCCAGAGUAAGGACAAGUCGGCCGGCACGGUGCUCGGCAAGGGCGCUGGCGCCGUCCUCACGGGUAGUCUCGGCAACGGCCUCGUUGGCGCCCCGACCGACGCCCACGUCGCCCGCCACGAGAACACCUACAUACCCGACGGGCCCGAGUUGCGCGCCCUCGGCCACCUCGGCUCGGAGCUCGUCGCCAAGAAGUGCAAGGAGCGCGAGACUCCGGGGCCCGAGCUGCGGCCCCAGCGGCCCGACAUAAUCGAGCGCGAACUCAGCCGGUCGCCUGCCACUCGAGACGAGCAGCCGCUGGCCCGCGAGCGGGAGCGAGAACGAGAACGGGAGCGGGAACGCGAGCGGGAGCGAGAGCGGGAGCGCGAACGGGAGCGCGAACGCGGCGGCCGCGAGCCCGAGCUCCCGGAGCACUACGACCUUGAGAACGCGAGCUCGAUCGCCCCGAGCGACAUCGACGUCGUUUACCACUACAAGGGCUACCGGGACGGGGCGCGCAAGUAUCACCGGGCGAGCCCUCCCCCGGUCGCCGGCUACGCCGGCCGUCACAAGCACGCGACCGCCUUUCCGCCGCGGGCGGCACCGGGCCCGCCCCACGGUCAGCCCGCUCCCGCCGCCCCCAAACUCCUCCAGAGCACGCCCCUCGCGAGGCUCUCGCCGAGCAGCGAGCUAUCGGCUCAACAACCCCGCAUCCUCACGCUCCACGACAUAAGCGGCAAGCCCCUGCAGAGCGCCCUCCUCGCCACGACCUCCUCCUCCGGGGGUGUCGGCAAGGAUGCCCUCAACUCCAACAGCGAGCGCAGCCUCAACUCGCCGAUUAUGAGCCAACUCUCGGGCUCGACCGCCAGUCGUAAGGCCCUGCAGCGAGCUGGACCCGAGCCGGCAUCCGGCGAUCCGGUACAGCGGGGCCUCACCGCCGAGGAGGUCGAGCGACUGAACGCCCGGCCCCGUACCUCGAGCCUCGUCUCGACCCUCGACGCGGUGAGCUCGUCGAGCGAAGCGCAGCCGCGGCUACGUCGUAGGCAUAGUCCGCCGGUCGAGAGGCUCGAGCGCGGCGUAGGCGGUGUCGGCGUGGGCGGCGUCGGCGUCGGCGUCGUCGUUGGCGGCGUCGGCGUGGGCGUCGGUGGUGGCGGGGUUGUCGGCGUCGGCGUCGGGGUCGGUGGUGUCGGCGUUGGUGGUGGCGUUGGGGGCGUAGGCGUUGGCGGCGGCGACUCUCAGCCGAGCGACGAGAGCGCCGACGAGAGCUUCACCUGCUCGGAGAUCGAGUACGAUAGCGGCUCCCUCGUCGGGGACAAGAGGUCCGGUGAGGGAGUGACAUCCGGGACCGGGCCGAGCCCCCAGCCGAGCAAAACACCGGGGGUCGCUUACGAUGGCUUCGAGCGCUCGUUCCGGGGCUCGCUGAGCACCCUCGUCGCCUCGGACGACGACGUCUCGAGUCACGCGGGCGGCCUCUACGGACCCGCGAGCGGCGAGUGCCCGGCGGCCAGUACCGCCCUCAGCUGGGACUACCUCCUUAAUUGGGGACCGAAUUUCGAGAGUCUCGUGGGCGUCUUCAUCGAUAUCGCCGAGCUGCCUGACGGCGCGACCCGCGUCCCCGCCGGCCUCAGGCUCGCCAACAGUGCCAACUCCAAACCCUCCGAGGAGUACGUCUGAGCUAUCGCGGCUAAAUCUCCAGGCCAUUGGAUUUGGACCGUAAGCUUGGAAUUUGGCACCUUGUAUCAGGGUGUCGAUGCCGAAGCCCUGGAGCUCUGAUCCCUCGCCCAAUUGCCGACGUGCAAUUUUAUUCCCUUGCCUCAUUUAAUCCUUACUCGUUACGCAGACUCAAUAUCAUUGGGGACUCGAGCGUCCCUGUAAAGUAUUCAAAUUCGACGCUCCUUCGCCUCUGCGUAUGUAUUUAUGUAGUUAUUAUUGAAAUGUCGCGUCUGUUGAUAUUCUUAUAGAAUAAUAAUAGCCUUA